UCAUCAUAUAGCAGCAGUGACCGCCACUGUCUACUUCAAUCAGGAACAGCCACGUUCGGUGGUUUUGAAUUGUAGACUUUAUGCAUUACUCUAGACUAUACUGAAAAAGGACACGUUCUGUUCUAUUCUUUUUUCUUCUUCUUCAGACUUUUUCAGUUCUCGUUCUGUGUCUUGAGCAUUUUUGCGUUCUUUCUUUCUGGGAAAAAUUCAAGAAUCAAGAUUAUGGGCGAUCAAAUGGUUUUAGACAACGGCCAUGAAGGUAGCAGGGAUCAAGGUUCUGUUUUAGACAUAUACCCUCUCAGUAGCUACUAUUUUGGUGCGAAAGACCCUCUUUCUUUCAAGAACGAGACUUUGGCAGACCGUGUACAAAGGAUGAAAUCUAAUUACCUUGCCCAUGGAUUGAGGACAUAUGUGGAGGCAGUUAUUCUGGUUGAGUUGUUCAAACAUCCUCAUCUUUUGCUAUUGCAAAUAAGGAAUUCCAUCUUUAGGCUUCCUGGUGGUCGUUUAAGACCUGGAGAAUCAGAUAUUGAUGGAUUGAAACGUAAGCUAUCAAGAAAGCUCUCCGGAAAUGAGGAUGAAACUGAUUGGGAGGUGGAUGAAUGCCUUGGGAUGUGGUGGAAGCCCGACUUUGAAACUUUACCAUAUCCAUACAUGCCACCUAAUGUAAAAACACCCAAGGAAUGCACGAAACUCUUCCUUGUAAGGUUACCAAUGAGCCGAAAGUUCAUUGUACCGAAAAACCUUAAGCUGCUGGCAAUCCCAUUGUGCCAGAUUCAUGAAAAUCACAAGACAUAUGGAUCAAUCAUUUCAGGAAUACCACAGCUGCUAUCUAAAUUCUCCUUCAACAUUAUCAAUUCUUAAACUAGGCAUGUUCAUUAUUGUUCAAUACUACAAGGUAAGUAUAGAAUUAGCCAUAUAUGCUUGUUGGAAAAGGCUUACUGUGGGGACAUCUACUCUUGAGAAAUCUUGAGCGACGCGUUGUAUAUACAAUAGAUUUUUAUAUGUAGUUAGUGUUGAGCCUUGUAAUAUAUAUGGUAUAUUCAUUUCUGUGUGUUACCGUUUUGUGUGGAUGCUUCACGGUUAAGGGAAAUAUUAUUCAAUAAUAAUUGUAUUUACUUCUUUAGUUAUAAUCAAAUUCUUUUAUAUACAAUUUGAAAAUGCCUUCCCUCCCUUCCCUCUCAAUGUGAAUAUUUCGAGAAUAAUUCAUGUUAUCAAAAGAUGAAAGGAGAAACACAAAAAGAGCAUGCCCCUUUAAUGGUGGGAUGGGUUUGAUCAAACAUUCAUGUGGAAAUGGCAUUGGAUGUACAUACAUCUGCAACCUUGCCUGCCCUUUAUUAGUGUUAUUCUUACGCAGAUUAGAGAUUGUUGCCUCUAUUACCAUGCUGCCUCUUCAUUAUACCUCCUCUCUUCCCCUAUCCCUAGAGUCACACAUCACCAUAUUGUUAGUUUUUUUUUUCUGGCUAAUUUUUCCUUACCAAGUAUUACGUUAUUGUUAUAGCUAAAUCCUGUCCAAGUCACUGCAGUUAAAGGAAUAACAGGUACUCAUAAGCUGAAGUAGAAAAUAGACGGAGGGUUUCUUGAUGAGAACUAAAUUGGUCAUCCCAUUUGGUUCACAACUACUGCUAGUUUGCAACAAUUGAUUAUCAAGUUGAUCGCAGUUUGCAACAAUUGAUUAUCAAGUUGAUCACAGUUUGCCAGUACAAGAAGGGCGAAUCCAAAGAAAGCCAAAGAGCUGAUUGAAGGCAUUGGAUGUUCAGUUUGCUUGGGUGAGUUUCAACAACAUGAGACUCUUAGAAUCCUGCCUAAAUGCAACCCCCACCUUUCACAUUUCUUGUAUUAAUAUUUGUUGUUAAGGGAUCACGAGUUACAUCUAAAUGUCCUUUUGUGGUGUUGUGCACGUAUAUUUGAUGACUCUAUGACAAUUCCAUGGUUUUGAAUCAAAA